GCAGGACCCAGAACGUGGGGAGGGGAAGCCAGGAGCACCGCGUGGCGCCGGGCUUUGGGCAGCCAGGAAGCCGCGAAUGGCGUCGGCUGGGGACAGCCCUGCCCCCGUGGCACAGCAGAGCCCUGCGCUCUGCCCUGGCACCGGAGGCUCUUGCGAAAGGGCCCUGGGAGCUGCAUGAAAGCAAGGGGGGAGUCUGGCACGUGGGGAGGAAGAAGGGCGUGCAGCAAUACAGGCUGGGGGAGGAGCUGCUGCAGGGGAGCUGUGCAGAGCUGGGUGUCCUGGGGGGCGGCAGGUCGGCCGUGAGCCAGCAGUGUGCCCUGGUGGAAACAUGGCCUCCUGGGGGGCAGGAAUGGGGUCCCAGCGUGUCUCUAUGGGUCCCAAUGGGUCUUAAUGUGUCUCUAUGUGUCCCAAUGCGUCCCAAUGUGUCUCUGUGUCCCAAUGGGUCCCAAUGUGUCUCUAUGGGUCCCAAUGGGUCUCUAUGGGUCCCAACGUGUCUCUAUGGGUCCCAACGUGUCUCUGCGGCUCUGAAGGUGUCCCUAUGGGUCCCACUGUUCCCUGGAGCAGGCUGCCCAGGGAGGUGGUGGAGUGUGAUGCUGUGAUCUCUGCUGGGCAGAGGAAAGCACUGCAAGGAUCCCAGGAGAUCCCAGCUGGGCCGCGCUCACCGCUGUCUGCUCUCUCCCUUAGGCGAUUCUCUGCUGCGGAGAGGGGAAGGACGACUCCGGUCUGGCUGCUUUCUCCCCUUUCUGCUGGCAUUUGUGUACUCAUCCUUUGUGUACUGGCAUGGAGGAGCGACGUCCUGCAGGUGCGGUCAGUAGGACCUGCGCCCCAGCUCCCAGCUCUGGGGAACUCUCGGGUUCAGAUGGAGAAGAGGCAGGAGCUGGAGGCGAGAUCCACUCAGCUGUCGGCCCAGAAGGGCCUCAUUCUCCAAGCCCUGUUUGACGUCCUGCACGAGAACGGGAUCCACGGAUUCACCAGCGAGGAAAUCCUGCAGUCGACCCAGGAGGCCAUGGAGAAAAUGGUGGAGAACGGCGCCUGGCUGCCCAACUGGGCUCUGCAAACCCUGGGUGCCACCAUCGAUGCUGAGCGGACGUCCCAGAGUUACGGCGGGGCAGGCAGGCAGCACGGCUGGCUUUCCCCACUCUUCUCCAGCGCCAAGCCUCCUGAGACGCUGCUGCAGGCCGAUAUUUCUCCUGGCAACUGCUGGGCUUUCCGAGGAUCCGAGGGCGACGUGGUCAUCCGGCUGCCGCAGGAAAUCCGGCCCUCGGCUGUCACCGUGUGGCACAUCUCCACGGCGGUCUCUCCCUCCGGGGAAGUCAGCAGCGCCCCCAGAGAGUUUAUUGUCUUGGGAAUGGACGAGGACAAACCACCAACCUCCCUGGGCUAUUUCAUUUACGACAUCAAAGGAGAGAUCGCCCAGACCUUCCACGUGCAGCGAUGCUUCUUCCUGCUCGAGCACAGCAGCCCCCAGGCUCCCCCAGCAUCACCUCUGCCCUCCCUCUCCCCUCCAACAUCCAUCAGGAGAUGGGAGCAACACCCCCAGGCUGUCAGUUUGGGGGCACCAUCCAUCGCAAAGCCUGGAGGAAGCACACCAAGACCCCCACAGCACCACCUCUGCCCUCCCACUCCUCUCCAUCAUCAUUCAGGAGAUGGGAGCAACACCCCCAGGCUGUCGGUUUGGGGGCAUCAUCCAGCAGCCAGUCUGGGGGCAUCAUCCAUCAUACAGCCUGGAAGGAUACCAAGACCCCCAGACCCCCCAAGCACCACCUCUGCCCUCCCACUCCUCUCCACCAUCCUUCGGGAGAUGGGAGCAACACCCCCAGGCUGUCGGUUUGGGGGCACCAUCCAGCAGCCAGUCUGGGGGCAUCAUCCAUCGCACAGCCUGGAAGCACACCAAGCCCCGCAGCCCCCAGCCCCCCCCACAGCACCACCUCUGCCCUCCCGCUCCUCUCCACCAUCCUUCAGGAGCUGGGAGCGGCCCCCUCGGGGGGGGGCAUCGUGCAACACCUCUAACAGCACUGCCUGGGGGAAGGACGACAGGCACAGCAGCCCCCAGACUCCCCCAGCAUCACCUCUGCCCUCCCGCUCCUCUCCACCAUCAGUCAGGAGGUGGGAGCGCCCCCGGCGUGCGGAUUUGGGGGCAUCGCCUGACAGCCAGAGAACCACCGCUGCCAUCAACGGGGCUUUCCAUGCUGCGCUGUGCCAAUAAAUACAAAUUACCAUCACA